UGGCUGUGACGUAACCGUGUGGCCUCUUUGAUAAACAUGAAAUGUUUUGGGUAGUGAGUAGCGUUGGACCCUUCAGUGUGUGCGUUGUGCUCCUACCACUGACUUAUUGAACACAAAUUACUGUACUGGAGGAAAAGGAAAGUCACUUGAGAGAAAGAGAGAAAGAAAAGAAAUUACGGUAGACGCGGAAAGAAAGAAAUAACGGUAAAAGAAGCGAACAAGAUGAGUGACAAAUCGCUGCUCUCGUUUCCUCUUCCUUUCCUCGUCUUCGUUAUGCUGCUGUGCUUCUGCGUUGUGGAAGGCAGAAACAAAGGCGACAUAAAUGCAUCACAUCUUCCCCGCCACCGUCGCUCCAUUGGCCAAUUUGGAGACAUGAUAAGGCUCGCAACUCAACGCGAGGCUCUCCUUUACAACAACUACGGCAACCACUGCGGCACUCAAGGCGGAGACUACCCCGUGGUGGAUGAAGUAGAUAGGUGUUGCAAGAAUCACGACAGCUGCUACGACACAAUCAGAGAAGGAGCGUGUUCCUCCUCCUGGUUCGGGCCGGGCUUCGUCAGGUACUCAUGGUCCUGGAAUGGCACACACCUUCUCUGCGGGGUGGACAAUUUAGGGUGCAGGGCGGCGGCGUGUGAGUGUGAUGCAGUGGCCGCUUCUUGUUUCGCCAGACACCCGUGGAACGCACAGCACAAGAAGUCUUCUAUCUGGGACUUCCUGGCGUGACGGGAACUAGGUUGUGUGUGAAGAGGCGGCUGGUUGGCUGACCGACUGACUGACUGUUUAACUGGCUAAUUGAUCGACCAACUGGCUGACUGAUUCACUGACUGAUUGAUCAGCUGACUGAUUGAUUGAAUGGUUGAGUGAAUGACUGGCUGACUGAUUCACUAAUUGACUGAACUUAUUAACUAGCUGAUUGACUGACUGACUAACUGACUAACUGACAUAGAUUAACUCCUACAAUUAACUAACAAAUAAACAAACAAUAAGAAAAAACGUAAAUAAACUAAUGUUACAUAUAUGAGAGCAUAUCACCUCUAAAACCAA